AUGGCUGACAAGCUUUCUUUCCUUGAGGCAACAAAAGCCCGCCGCUCUCUCUAUUCGCUGAGCAAGGAUUCACCCAUCUCCAAUGAUCAAAUUGUUUCUCUCGUAGAGCACUCUAUCCGCUAUGCACCCUCGCCUUUCAACGCCCGUUCCUGUCGCUGCAUCGUACUCUUCGGAGACGAUCAUGACAAGCUGUGGGACAUGGGAGCUGCCGCAAUCCAGCGAUGUAUGCCCAUGGCCGCGGACAUCUUGAUCCCGAAAUGCCAGGGAUUCAAGGCCGGAAAGGGAACUGUCUUGUUCUUCGAAGAUGUGGAAUCAAUCAAAGAGCUCAACCCUCGUUUCGCCAAGAUGUCUGAAGAAAACCCUGAAUGGUACGACCAUUCGUCGGGCAUGCAUCAAUACGUUGUCUGGACCGCUCUGGAAGCCGAGGGCCUUGGCUGCAACCUUCAGCACUACCAGGGCAUGAUGGGCAAGGAGAUGUAUGCAGAAUGGAACAUUCCCGAGAGUUGGCAAGCAAAGGCCCAGCUUGUCUUCGGAAAGCCACUGUCUGGUCCCCUGAUGGAUAAGGAGAAGACUUACAGACCCGUUGAAGAAUGCAUCAAGAUCUAUGGCAAAUAG